AUGGUGGAGUUAUUCAUUAUUUUCUGUCACGCCUUGAGGAUUUGGAGGUGUAAAAAACCCGUAUUAAAGCCAGCAAAGUGCAAGAUAUGUAAACUCGCAUAUCACCCAAGUUGUGCAAAAGAAAUUACAAAAUCUAAAGUAACUACGUGUUGUGUAAACUCGUUCACCUCAUCCAUCUCACCACUUAAUAUUUCACAAAGUAGUCAAGUUCAAACAUCUAAACAACCAAUUCUUAGACCAUCGAGCUUCUCAGGGAGUAUACUUCGGAAAGCUUCACUGUCAAGCUAUAAAUCAACAAACUCGUCACCCAAAACACCACCUAUAUCAUCUAUCGAAGACGACGCUGUGUUUUUAUCGCCUAUACAAAUAACCUCCCCAUCAAUGAUGAAUACAGGUAGUAAGGAAAAUACGAUUGCAUUCCAGACACCAUCAGUGACUAGUGCUCAAAUGAUAUCAGGCCAGUCUACGUCUAACUCUCAUCCACCGCCAAGUCUACCUACGCAAACUCAAAUUUCUGAUGUGACACCAGAUUGGUCUAAAUUGUCGCUUGAUGACAAAAUUAAUAUGUUGUUAGAUAUGUCUUACAAAAAUACAAUAAGUAUUCAAACAGUAAACAUUAAUUUAAAUAAACACAGUGAAGAGAUCAAAAACUUAGCAGCAAAUCUAAAUGAAAACAAUAAUAAAAUUGUUAAGUUAUCAGAGGGCUUGAAUGAAGUACACUCAACUCUAACCGAAGUCACCAAAACUCAAGUUGAAUCUCAAAAGAAAAUUGCGGAGUUACAUACUAAACUCAAUGAAAACUCCACAAAGUGCCAAGAAAAUUCAAAUGCCAUCACACUUCUCAAAUCUACUAUUGAUUGUCUAACUGGUACUCCACUCUCUCAGUUUGCUACUGGAAAUCGCAUGUCAUCUCAAAUAUUGAUUUCUGGGAUUCCAAAUGACUCAAAUGAUAAACGAUCAAAUGAAGAAGUCGUUGAAAAAAUCUUUCAGAAACUAAAUAUUAUGAGUCUUACGAAUGACAUCCUGAAUAUCAGAGUAUUUAAUACAAAUAGGAGACAGAGUGAAUCAAACUCUACACCAACGUCUCGUUCCCUAAUACUAAAAUUGAAGUCUGCAGAUAUAUGUGAUCACAUCAUUGAUGUAAAACGUCGAUCGCCCAAACUCCUUGUCAAGGAUAUCUCAAACACGAAUGCUCAGACAAAUCACAACAAACCUGUUUACAUCUCUAAAUUCCUGCAUCCUGAUCUCUAUAAAUUCUUACAGAAAGUUAAAGGCAGAGCUAAACAAUUAAAAAUCAAAUAUGUCUGGACUUACCACGGCAAUGUUUAUGCUAAGAAAGAUGAUGACUCUCCUAGGACACAAUCCAGAGAUAAACUCACUGUUACAAAUUCAUCAAUAAAUGUUCUAAACCUAAAUAUAAACAGUUAUUUAGCUCAUUUAGCCCAGUUUGAAGCGCUGGUUGAUGAAUUAAAACCUCAUAUCAUCAAAGUAGUUGAAACAUGGCUAACUCCUGAUGCCUAUAUCUCUUUUAGUGACUACACGAUUCUUCGUCGUGAUAGAGGUCUUUUAAACACAAAUGGUCAUUACAUUAGAGGUGGUGGUGUAGCCUGCUUUGUACACAAUUCGUUAAAAUCUAAAUUACUUUAUUCAUCAGAAUCCCAGAACAUCAAUGAUCCUGAAUUUAUGAUCAUAGAUAUUAUUCCACCUACUGGGUCACACAUACUUUUAUCUUCAAUCUAUAGAAGACCUCAAGGGAAACUACUCGACAACUUCUUUGUCAAAUUUAGUAAAUACUAUCAACUUUAUAAAAAUAUUCUUAUUAUGGGAGAUUUAAACUGUGAUCUAUUGAAAACUGAACGUCCAGGUGAGCAUCUUAAAUCGUUCAUCUCAGAAUCUGGCCUUUAUUGCAUUCCUUUUGGACCUACUUUUCACACUACGGAAGUGGACUCCUGGCUAGACGUCAUUAUUAUUGAUAAUUUAGAUAAAUUAAACUCGUACGUAAAAUCAACAUCACCGUUUAUUGGUGGACAUGAUUAUCUUUAUUGUAAUUAUAAACUUGAACAGAAACCGACUAAUGAGAAACUAGUGACAUUUCGUGACUUUAAGAACUGUGAUCACGAUAAUCUGAGGAAUGACCUAAAUCAAAAGCUCUGUCUCUCGAACAUCAAUGUAAAUGAUACUCAACCAAAUGAUUUGGUAAACCAUUUUAUAAAUUCAGUCACCUAUUGUCUGGAUAAUAAUGCACCAUUCGAAACUAGGAAGUUAUGUCGUCCAAGUAGCCCAUGGUUCACCAAUGAGCUGAAAAGAGAUUUUCGUCAACGGGAUCAUCUAUACAAGCAGGCUCGUCGUUCUGGUAAUGCAAAUUUAUUAGCUCUGUACAAGAUCAAAAGGAAGGAAUUAAAAACAAAAUUAACUCUGAUUAGAGAUGCUUAUUUUAAACAAGUCCUGGAAAACUCUCCACAAGCUGAUAUUUGGUCAAACCUAAAACGUAUGGGGAUCAUCAAAGCAAAGAAAUCAUCUCCUCUUGAUCAUUUUGAGGCUGAUGAUUUAAAUAAUUAUUAUGCUGACAUCCUUAAGAAGCAUCCAUCUUGUUCUAGUGACUUUAUAAAUAAUCUGCCUAACAUUGCUCUAAGGAAAGUAAAUAGCAUCUUCAGAUGGACGCAAAUUGACAUAGUUGAUGUCUUAAAAAAUCUUCAAAUUGUUCUUCAGAAAUCAAAGGUUGACUGGGCAAAAGAAGUCGGUCUUGAAGUAAACUUUAGUAAAACUAAAGUUAUGAUACUUGGGAGCAAUAAAAAACUAAGAAAUCUGAACAACUGGGAUCUGCCUCAAAUUAUCAUUGAUGCUCACAUCACUCGUAAAGUUUAUGGUACAUUAAAUUGUCUAAAACACAGAAGAAACAUACUCUCUACUUCAACACGUAAACUACUAGUCAUGACUACUAUAAUUCCAAUUGUUAAAUACUGUUCCUUCGUUUUGAUUGACUUAUCCAAAAGGCUAGACUACAAACUUCAACCGGGUCAAAAUACAUUAAGUAAUCAUAUUUUGUACACCAACCUCAAAAUUUUACGAAAAGAUAAUUCAGCGUCUACACUAUUAUCUGAAGAGUCUGAAAUUUCCAAAUUAUUUAUUGAUUGGUGUGAAUUGAACAGAAUUCUUUUUGCGUUAGGCGAAAGAACGAAAGGAAUUGAAUUUAAAAAUACAACUAAUGAAUAUGAAUAG